AUGUGGGGAGAGAACGUAACCAUCACGUGCAAGGCCACCGGUUAUCCAAUUCCGCAUAUUAAAUGGUCGUUUCAAGGACGGAAAACGGUUACUGCCAAACCAGAGGUAAAAGGAAAUACAUCGAUAAAAAGUUCUAUUGAAAUUGUAAACGUUAAUGCGUCCAAACAUGGGGGAACGUACUAUUGUACAGCCAGUAACACUUUUGGAACAAGGGUAGUCAACGCUACUGUUAACGUUGCUCUUCGUGUUGAUGGACCAGUAGUAGUAGGAUCAUAUUCACCUAACGUCAUGUACGGUCAAUCAUUAACUUUGGGUUGCUGGAUUUACGGUUACCCGCUGCCUUCUAUUCAAGUCACUAAAGUAGCCAACACUAUCUUUCUAUCAAGAAAUGAAACCUCGCUAAGUGGAAAUCAAAUUGCUAAUGGCAAGACAUCUCUACUAAUGGAAUUUACAAUCCAAAACGUUACAGUAAAUGAGUCCGGUUCGUAUUCAUGUCAAACAAAUCUCACAAACGAAAAAGACGUUCUGCAAAGAAACCUUACUGUAAACGUGUCACCUCACUUUACUAAAGAACCAGAAAAUGUUGAAUUUACUGAAAACUCUCAGGCAAGCCUUAACUGCUCUGCAGUUGGUAGACCUCCACCUACUAUUAGAUGGUUACGCAACUCAUCGGAAAUCGAGAGCACUGAAACAGUCAUCAUUACAAACAGCAGUCAAAACGUUACUACGAGGUCAUUCUUAAAAUUAAAACACGUAUCACACUCGUACAUCGGGAAAUACAGAUGUGUUGCUACUAAUGAGGUGGGAUCACAAAAGUCGCAAACGGCAGAGCUUGACGUGUUUUAUCUUCCUGAAGUAUCAGCUAGCCCAAAGUCAGUUAUUCUUCAGACCAACAACAAUACGUCUUUCAGUUUAAAAUGUGUGGGUAAAAGCAAACCCCGUCCAACCGUGCAAUGGCAGUGGAAGAAAUACGACAGUGAACAAAAGCGUGAUGUUGAUGUAGACACAAAAAGAAUACACGUGACAGACACGUAUGUAGAACCUACAUUCAAUCUUGAGAUUACAUUCAGUCACAGUUUUGUCAACGAUUCUGGAACAUAUUAUUGUCAUGCAUCCAAUGCAGUAGGAAAUACGAUCUCAAACGCCACAAGUGUUACAGUCAAAGGUCCUCCAGUUCAAGUAGAAAACGUGACUGUGGUAAAUAGGACUGCAACAAAUAUUACAAUAAAGUGGAAGAAACCAUUUGAUCAACACAGCGAUAUCACUCAUUACGUCAUUUAUGUCAAUGCUACGAACGACCCAACCAAACGUUAUGCUUUACGAUUGAAUGACAUCUCAUCUACUAUUUUAGUUGUGUCUUCUCUCAAACCUUUCACUCGCUAUUCCAUCAACAUACAAGCCAUCAACGAUAUCGGUGUGAGUCCUUCCAGUGACAUCUAUUUUGCAACGACUAUUGCUGCUGCACCCAGCCAAGCUACUAUUGUAUCUGUUGAAGUAUUUUCAUCUACGGGUAUUUCAAUUUCAUGGAAACCGCCAGAAAAUCCAAAUGGAAAAAUUUCGUUCUAUCGAGUCUACUAUAAUUCGCCAUUAGUUGAUAGGGAGAUCGUAAUUAGAGACGAACUGUCUACAAAUAUCACAAAUCUACAAAAAUUUACAAGCUACGUACUCUUUAUUACUGCCGUCAACAUAGUAGACAAUGAAGAAUUUGAAGGACCAAAAAGCGAAUCCAUUCAGAUAAAAACUUUAAAAGAUGUUUCCCGUCUCAUUGUCACUGCAGUGAAAUCGAUUAUGGUUGUUGCGAAAGGAUCGACUGCUCUUCUUCGAGUAAAGGUGUCAAAAGCUUCACCUAAUGUCCCCAAUAAUGCUGCCAACAGAACAUGGUUUGGUCCUCGAACGGCAGUCGAAGCAAACGACAAAUUUCUGAUAUCGUCAGACCGUUACAAUCUAAUAAUCGCAAAAGUUGACGAAGACGAUGCCGGAAUUUACACUUUUGUCGCUUCUAAUGCUGUCUUAACCAAAUCGGUUACAAUUCGUCUAAUAUUAAAAGGUCUAGGUCUUACUGUUAAUGCAUUGCAAUCGACUGUUGCCGUGUUGAAAGGAUCUAAUGCCAUUUUGAACGUGAUAGUAUCAAAAGUAUUACCUCGUGUUCCAAACGAUCCUGGUAACAGAACGUGGGUUGGCCCAGCAGGCUUGAUUACAGAAAGCAGCAAGUUCCUGUUUUCGUCCGAUCGUUAUACACUUAUAAUUACAGCAAUCGACCAAAGCGACGUGGGAAAUUACAAUUUUACAGCUACAAAUGCUGUUGAAAGGAAAACAGUUACAAUUAGUCUUCUAAUAGCUGCUCGUCCUACUGUAACGGCAGUAAAAUCAACUGUUGUCGUAACGCUAGGUUCUUGGGUUGUUCUUCAAGUGACAGUUGCAAAAGCGUCACUUGAUAUUCCUAAUAAUACUCUCAACAGAACAUGGUCUGGUCCUGAAGGGGUAAUUACACCAACCAGCAAGUACAGCUUCUCUUCAGAUCGUUAUAAUUUAACAAUUACGACUGUUGACUCCACUGAUGUUGGAAUCUACACAUUUACAGCUGCCAACGCCGUAGGAAGUAACACGGCUUCGAUUAGUCUUUCACUUGAAGCUAAAGAAACAAAGACAAGCAAUAGUGUCAUUGGGGUAUUAGCCGGAACACUAGGAGUUUCGUUUGCACUUUUUGCAUUUUUUAUCGGUUUACUCUUCUUCUGUAUGAGAAAGCGACGUAUGAAUGCAAGACAAAGCCGCUCAGAAACAGAACUGCCAUCGCCUCCAAAAACGCAGUUACCAGCGACUGGUACCACUUCAAUACGGCUGAAAAAACUGUCUGAAACCCGAGAGAAAUCAACUUUGGCUGUCAGCAGAACUGAAGAAUCCUUUCGCGGUGAAGAUAGUGUGCAGCCAGAACCCGUAUAUGCUGCCAUACAAGAAGCUAACGAGACAUCACGAUCUCAAAAUGUAACAUACUCUGAAACGCUGACAGCAAAUGCAGCUUACUCCCAAGUACAACCUGUUCAAGAACAACAAACAGAAGUAAAUGAAGCAGGUGUAACCUACGAAGAAUUUGCAUUCUGAUUGAACGAACCGUUUGUUUAUCUCCUUAAGCUACAACGUGAAUACUCUCAAAUCUAGACGUUUUUCUGAUAGAUUUGCUACGACAGAUAAAAAAUUGAGUUCUAGCUCUGUUUGCAAUUCGUUGUUGUUGAAAUACAAACUUGCAAUAGUUAUACAAGUAAAUUGUGAAAAGGA